GGUUGUGGUGAUAUAAAACCAGACCUCAGAAUCACUACACCAAAGAAGAUUGAAGCUCUGAAUGGAUCUUGUUUGGAAAUCCCAUGUAUCUAUGAUACAGAUGAUACCAGAUAUAACAGCAGCAGAACUAUCUAUGGAGUUUGGAUGAAAGGUGGUCACAAUUUUGGCCCUGAUCCAAAGAUAGUUAUUUUCCACAGCAGUGGGUCAGUUAACACCUAUUCACUGAAUAUUACUGGAAACCUGAGAGAGAAAAACUGCACCACUCUGUUUCCUGAUGUAAAGACCAGUUAUGCAGACAGAUACUUCUUCAGGAUUGAGAGCGAGCCGUUCAAAGCAUCAGCUUGUGAUGAUCCUCUCAAUAUAACAGUUAAAGAUUCUCCUUGGAGUCCCAGCAUUAAUAUCCCUGUUGGUGAUCUGAAGGAGCAUCAGUCUGUCACUAUAAGCUGCUCAGCUGUGACUCCCUGUCCACACUCACCUCCUGAACUCACCUGGAAUCUCCAACAAGACUCUGACAGACAAACAGAGAAAAAAAAAGAUGGAACCUUUACAACUAAAAUCCAGGAGACCAUCACUCUGUCAGACACACAUGAUGGAUACAACAUCAGAUGUUCUGCCAGAUAUCCUGUGAAUGGAGGAAGCAAGACAGCAGAGACAGAAGUGACUCUCAGUGUUUCAUAUGCUCCUAAAGACACCUCAGCAUCCAUCAGUCCAUCAGGUUUGGUGUCAGCAGGUAGCUGGGUGGAGCUGAGCUGCUCCAGCAGAGCCAAGCCUCCUGCCAGCUUCACCUGGUUCAGGAACAGCAAACAUGGAGCCAUUAAUGUAUCUGUGGGGCAGGUUUACAGCUUCAAUGUUACUGAGGGAGGAGAGUAUUACUGUGAGGCUACAAAUAAUCUGGGGACUCAGAGAUCAUCAGUGAUUCUACUGAACAGUGAAGCUAUAGGAACUCCUCUCUUGGUCACAGUCAUAGUUGGAGUCAUUUUGUUCAUCAUUCUGGUUCUUUCUCUCUGGUGCCUUAAGACCAAAUGUCAAACUCCACAUCAGACCCAGAGUCAAAUAUAUCAGGAGGUUUCUGAUCAAAUUGCAGCCAAUGAAACAGAGGAAGAACUUAAUUAUGGGGACAUUACUGUCCUCCAGAAACGACCUGAAGCUUCCUCUGUCUCAGUGCAGGACGGUGGACAGCAGGAGACAGAGUACGCUCAGGUUCAAGUGUCUACUGACCAUCCAGAGGAUCUCUAUGCACAAGUGAAGAAGCAAUAACUUCAUUCACUGAUGUGUUCUGAAAUGAGAGAAUGUAGUUUUUGAUUAUAGAAAUGUUAGUCUCUAAAUUUAUUAAUAUCUUUGCCAUGUUUAUUUUGGUUCGACUGUGGGAUUAGCAGCUUUUGCUUUCAUUACAGCUGUGUGACCCACUUUAAACCGAAGAGCUUUAAUUUGAUUGGUGGAUUCAAUUUCAUCAUCAUUUCUUAUAUCAGUUGUUUCCUACAAAAGAAAAAUACUGCAAACACAAAAAUUAGACAAGAUCAUGGUCAGAUGCUUAAAAAGACUUUAAGGCAGAUUUGCUUUCUUUCUCCUCUCCAACAUUCUUCUGAGCAUCCCAUUUUUGAAAUACAGCAGCCAAGUCUCCAACAUGGAUGUAGCUGCCAUUGCAUGAAUCAAUUUGUUCUCUCCACCCAAGCAGAAUCAGCAGGACCUAAAGCUAUUUAGGACCUGCAGGCCUUUCAUUUGUUUGAAGGUGAGGGGCCUGUGUGGCCCAUUAGGUGUUGUGUGGGCUCUAGACAUGCCUAUCUGAAUGGUUCCCAGACGUUUGGCUUUUUACCACAAAAAAGCAAUAAAAGGGUCCUAUGACUCAAAAUAGCAGUUGGAUUACAAACAAUUCUAAAAAAAAAUAUUUGAAUAGCAAC